AUGUCAGGUGUGAGAAGAAUUAAGCUUGGAUCACAGGGGAUAGAGGUUUCAGCUAUUGGACUAGGAUGUAUGGGCAUGUCUCAAGGCUAUGGACUUCCCAAACCUGAAGAAGAGAUUAUCAAAGUCAUCCACCAAGCCGUCAACUCCGACGUUAGUCAUCUCGACACCUCCUACGUCUACGGACCUUACACUAACGAAAUCCUCAUCGACAAUAAAAAUAGCCUUUUACGACGCGCAAUGCGUGUCGUAAAACGCUCAAACGGCGCGCAAAUGCGUGUCAAGGAAGACCCUGUCAUAACGAGAGACGACACGCUUUUGCGUGUCCUCUAUUUACGACGCGCAGUUAUGACACACAAUGCGUAUCAAGAAAGGUCCUGUUAUAAAGGAAGACGACACGCAUUCGCGUCUCGUAACCUUACGACGUGCGUGUUUAAUGACACGUAA